UUGCAAAACAAUUAAUGGCAUCUGGAAUAGCAGAAACUAAUGUAAAUAAAAUAUUUAGUUCAGUUGAGGAAAUUGUAGCUAAUCUUUUCCAAAAAUUUGAAGCUUUUCUUAAAAAUCGGCAUAGUGAAGUUAACUGUACGAUUUUAAAAGAAACCUUUCAUUGCUUUGAUUCAUGUGUUUUAAGCCAUAUAAAGAAUUUUUCAAGUAACUACAAAAGAAGCGAGAUGUACAAAAAAGAUGAAUUGUAUGUAGAACCAGUUUCAAAACCUUUAGGUGGUCGGUGGGAUAUAAAGACAAAUAGGAGCAGCGAUAAAUCUUACAAACACUACGUGGAAUGCACGUUUCAAUAUGUACCGAUCGUAGACACUAUUAGUACUCUUUUUAAAAAUAAAUCGUUUAAAAACUUGUACUAUAACAAAAACCAUUUAUGCAAAGAUGGUGUAUAUGUUAAUUAUUGCUGCUCGAAAAAUUAUAAGCAGUCUACUCUAUUUCAAAGCAAUGAAAAUGCUUUGCAAAUCCAACUUUUUUAUGAUGAGUUCGAAGUAGUAAAUCCUUUGGGAAGUAAGACUGGUAUACAUAAAAUCGGUGCAAUUUAUUUUUCAAUAAGAAAUUUACCAUACGAAUACUUCUCAAAAUUAAGGAACAUAUAUUUAGUUGCACUCUUUUUCUGUACUGAUUUAAAAAACGAAUAUACAGAUUUCAAUAUGAUACUAGCGCCUAUUGUAGCAGACCUAAAAUAUCUGGAAGAAGAUGGAAUUAACAUAGACGGUUGUAAUAUAAAAGGCACAUUAGUAACUGUGGCACACGAUAACUUAGGAGCUAAUAUCUUAUCUGGAUUCGCGUCGUCAUUUAGAGCGACCUAUUAUUGCAGAAUUUGCACAAUGAAUCGCGAUAAAGCACAAAAAUCUGUAGUAGAAAACUCGAAUCUUUUAAGAUUGCAAUCUGAGUACAACGACUUGUUCAAUUUAAAUAAAGAUGUAAUUUUUAUUGACCUUAAAGAAUCAAAAGGAAUUAAACACUUUUGUAAAUUAAAUGAGUUACGCUAUUUUCACAUAAUGGAUAGUAACAAUGUAGAUUUGAUGCAUGACGUUCUUGAGGGAGCUGUUCCUUUUGUACUAAAAAAUUUUUUUAAAACAGCAAUACAAAUGAAAUAUAUUAACCUUGCGGAGAUAAACAGUAAAAUAAGAUUCUACAAUUACGGGUUCCUUCAAAAAAAAAAUCUUUGCUCACAAAUAACAGUCGACAGAACAGGUGCAUCACUCGGCCUCACUGCUUCUCAAAACUUAUGUCUUAUAUCACACUUUCCAUUCAUUUUUUUCGAUCUUCAAGAAAAAUUACCGCAUUUGUGGGAAGGUAUUACUUCUUUACUACAAAUAAUCAGAAUUACAUUGUCACCAGUUAUUGAAGAAAAAGAUAUAGAGAUUUUGAGUGAAACAAUUAAGUCUCAUUUAACUUGCAUUGUAGAACAAUAU